AGUCUUUCCUGCUCUCAAAAUUCUCCCGCAGUCACAUUGGUUGCGUUCUUUGUCUUGUUUCUACUUUCUGUAAUCCUCAGACCAAAAUGGAGAACAAGGAAGCCGCAUUACCGACACAUGCGAAAGACAACCCUAACGUGUCCGCCGACGGCGCACCCUCGAAGAAUGCGUUGAAGAAAGCGCAGAAAGAGGCAGAAAAGGCCGCAAAGAAGGCCGCGGCAAAAGCAAAAGAGGCAGAACAAAAAGCAGCUCAACAGGCACAGGCCGGCGAGGACACGGCAAAGGACAAAUAUGGCACGUUGCCGCAAGACGACCCCGAGAUAACCCAUCUCAAGAAGCUAGGAGAGGAGCAUGUCGACAAAGAGGUCACCGUGAUCGUGAGAGUUCACAAUUCCAGGAGCCAGAGCGCAAAACUAGCAUUCCUCAUGUUGCGCCAGCAAGGUAAAACCAUCCAAGCUGUCGUUGCAGCCACAGGGGAAGCUGUGUCCAGGCAAAUGGUGAAAUGGGCCGUGAGCGUCAACGUCAACUCGUUCGUGCGCGUCUCAGGAAUAGUCAAGAAGCCCGACCCUCCUGUGGCCUCGGCCUCAAUCAGCAACCUCGAGCUGCACGUCACAAAAAUCUACCUCAUCGCUUCCGCUGCCGAGCAGAUUCCUAUGCAAGUGAAAGAUGCAGAACGGCCACCGCCACCAUCAAUAACAGGGGAAGAAGAAGGACCGGCGGUCGACGCUGAGGGAGCUCCUAUCGUCACGUUGAAAACCCGUCUCGACAACCGGGUGAUCGAUCUACAAACGGAGUGCAACCAAGCGAUCUUCACCAUCUCCUCUGGCGUCGAAGGCUUGUUUGAAGAAUUCAUGCGCAAAUCUGGUUCCCGCAAGUUCAACACACCCAAGCUCCUUGGUGCGGCAACAGAGGGUGGAUCUGGAGUUUUUGAAGUGAACAACUAUUUUGGCAAGAGCGGGUUCCUCGCCCAGUCUCCGCAGCUGCACAAGCAGAUGCUUAUUGCGGGGGAUUGCGAGAGUGUCUUUGAGAUUGGCCCGGUCUUUCGCGCCGAGAACAGCAAUACCCAUCGCCACUUGACGGAGUUCACCGGUCUCGACUUUGAGAUGGUCUUCAACCACCACUACCACGAGGUCCUAGAAUUUGCCGAGAAUCUCAUUGUCUUCAUCGUCCACGAGCUCCAAUCUCGCUUCAAGGACGAGAUUGCCAUUGUGCAAAAGUCCUUCCCCCGCGCAGGAGAUUUCCACAUCAAGGAAGGCAAAGCCUUACGGUUGAAAUAUUUCGAAGGAAUUAAGAUUCUGAGAGAUGCAGGCGUGGACACCACCGAACAAGAUAACUAUGUCACAGACUUGACGACAGCCCAGGAGAAGAGACUGGGACAGUUGAUCAGAGAAAAGUACGAUACGGAUUUCUACGUGCUGGAUGAAUUCCCAAUGGUAGUCAGGCCGUUCUACACGAAACCACACCCGACCGACCCGAAAUUGUCCAAUUCCUACGACUUCUUCAUGCGGGGAGAGGAGAUCAUGUCCGGUGCUCAGCGUAUCAACGAUGCCACCGAGCUAGAAGCAUCUAUGAUGCGCAAAGGGGUCGACCCGAACGCGGAAGGGUUUCAAGACUAUGUCAACGCGUUCAGGCAGGGGUGUCGGCCUCACGCCGGUGGCGGAUUGGGUCUGAAUCGUAUUGUCAUGUUCUUCCUAGGGUUGGACAACGUGAGGCAGGCGACACCUUUCCCGAGAGAUCCGCAGAGAUUGAGGCCUUAGACUUUCUUCAUUCUGUCCGAGGCUUGCAUGGGAUGGUCGGUGGAUUUUCGGGGUGGGAGGUACCGGGAGGUAGGAGUCCGAGAACCCAUUUGCUUCGACAGGCCAUGUUAGGUUCAGAGAAAGUUGAGGAAUAGAGACAGACAACCACAUGGUGUGGGAUGACCCAGAUAGAUCGUAGUCUUUAGACAAUUCUGGAUUGAGAAAGUCGCGCAACUCGAAA